GGAGGAAGCUUGUCUCCGGUGUACUGUAUCUGGAUCUCCAGCCUCCUGGCAGCAAUUCCGAGAGGGGAGAAGUGUGGCUUGGCCCAGGCUGUGCAGAAAAUCCGAAAAUUCGAGCGGAUCUGGCUCCGGACUACAUUUCCCAGACACCCUGGCGGGUAUAGGGCUGACCCUUCACUCGCCUGCGGAACCCUAGGCCUCCGGGGAAGAGGAAGUGCAAGCUCUGCUUUUCUCAGAGAGGUCCCCAGAGGAGAAGGAGGAAUGGCUGUUGACCAAGCCAAAUGCAAGACUAUGCAGAUGGAAACAAGCACCUUUUACCAGAAAUAUAAGCAAUAGGAUGAUAAAAAAAACCCCACAAAGGUAUUCUCAACUCCAUAUGGUAAGAGUAUGUUUGAUUUUGUAAGAAGCUGCCAAACUGUCUUCCAAAGUGGCUGUACCAUUUUGCAUUCUCACCAGCAAUGAAUGAGAGUUCCUGUUGCUCCACAUCCUGGCCAGCAUUUGGUGUUAUAAGUGUUCUGGAUUUUGGCCAUUCUAAUUGGCCUGCCUUCUCAGAACACUAUCCUUUUCCAGGAGAACAGCCCCAAGGAGGAGUGAUCAUCUCCUGUAAUGCUGAAAGCCAUGGCCCAGGGAUCAGUGAUGUUCAGUGAUGUGUCUAUAGACUUCUCUCAAGAGGAGUGGGAAUUCCUGGACCCUGCUCAGAGGGACUUAUACAGAGAUGUGAUGUUGGAGAACUAUAGCAAUCUGGUGUCAGUGGGACUUUACAUUCCUAAGCCUCAAGUUAUCUCCUUAUUGGAACAGGGGAAAGAGCCCUGGAUGAUUGGCAGAGAGCUGACAAGAGGCCUGUGUUCAGAUCUGGAAUCAAUGUGUGAAACCAAGUUAUUAUCGCUAAAGAAGGAAGUUUAUGAAAUAGAAUCAUGCCAGAGGGAGAUGAUGGGACUUACAAAGCAUGGCCUUGAAUACUCCAGUUUUAGAGAUGUUUUGGAAUAUAGAAACCACUUUGAAAAACAAGUGGGAUAUCAAAAUGGGCAUUUCAGCCAAGAAAUAUUCACUCAUGAAUACAUGCCCACAUCUAUUCAACAGACAUUCUUUACUCUACAUCAAAUAAUUAACAGUGAAGAGAAACCAUAUGAAUGUAAGAAAUGUGGAAAGAUCUUUAGUCAGAAUUCACAAUUUCUUCAACAUCAGAGAAUUCAUAUUGGCGAAAAAUCUUAUGAAUGUAAGGAGUGUGGGAAAUUCUUUAGUUGUGGCUCACAUGUUACUCGACAUCUGAAAAUUCAUACUGGUGAAAAACCCUUUGAAUGUAAAGAAUGUGGAAAGGCCUUCAGCUGUAGCUCAUACCUUUCUCAACAUCAGAGAAUUCAUACCGGUAAGAAACCCUAUGAAUGUAAGGAAUGCGGGAAGGCCUUUAGUUAUUGCUCAAAUCUUAUUGACCAUCAGAGAAUUCACACUGGUGAAAAACCGUAUGAAUGUAAAGUAUGUGGAAAAGCCUUUACUAAGAGCUCACAACUUUUUCAACAUGUGAGAAUUCAUACAGGUGAGAAACCCUAUGAAUGUAAGGAAUGUGGCAAAGCUUUUACUCAGAGCUCAAAGCUUGUACAGCAUCAGAGAAUUCAUACAGGUGAGAAACCCUAUGAGUGCAAAGAAUGUGGCAAAGCCUUUAGUAGUGGCUCAGCACUUACUAAUCAUCAGAGAAUUCACACUGGGGAGAAACCCUAUGAUUGUAAGGAAUGUGGGAAGGCUUUUACUCAGAGCUCACAACUUCGUCAGCAUCAGAGAAUUCAUGCUGGUGAGAAACCUUUUGAAUGUCUUGAAUGUGGGAAGGCCUUUACUCAGAACUCACAGCUUUUUCAACAUCAGAGAAUUCAUACAGAUGAAAAACCAUAUGAAUGUAAUGAAUGUGGAAAGGCCUUUAAUAAAUGCUCAAACCUUACUCGACACCUUAGAAUUCAUACUGGUGAAAAGCCCUAUAACUGUAAGGAAUGUGGAAAGGCAUUUAGGGACGGCUCCAACCUGUCCAUCCAUCGGCGAAUACACACAGGUGAGAAGCCCUACAGAUGUGGUGUGUGCGGGAAGGACUUCAGCCGCAGCUCCAACCUGUCUAUCCACCAGCGCAUCCACACAGGUCUGAAUUUUGAACAUAUCUUGCUAGAGGUUGAAGAGAGCUGGGACUGGACCUCCCAGCAGCAAGGAGCCCUGAAGGCCAGAGUAAAAAGGGGACAUGGGUUCAAUCCCUGGUCUGGGAAGAUCCCACAUACCGUGGAGCAACUAAGCCCCUGCGCCACAACUACUGAGCCCGUGCUCGGCAACAAGAGAAGCCACUGCAAUGAGAAGCUCGUGCACUGCGAUGAAGAGUAGCCCCCGCUCGCCGCAACUAGAGAAAGCCCACGCGCAGCAACAAAGACCCAACAC